GAAGCAUGACAAGCUUCUGAAGACGAAAUUCGGCUUGGAGCAGCUCUUCCCACGUUUGGUCAAGGAGACGAACCUUAGCGAGUAUAGCCGCCUGCAAGUGUUGAACGACGAGGUGAAGGAGCUCUCCAUGAAAUGUUCUCAAACCUCAGAAUCUCCUGAAGUUGCGUGCCUGAUCCAUGGCUUGGGUCGCACGGGCCGGGACAUGACCUUGGUCAACCCAAUCUCGCACCGAAGUGAGCUGGUUUUAAGCUUUUUCCUGGGAAGCUCCUUGGCCUUGUUCUUGGCCAUCGGCGUGCUGCUGGCCCUCCCUGAAAAGAGCCCGAAGACCUUCUCCGAGGCGUAUUUCUUGACGCCCAUCCCCGUCUUCCGGGUUGUGUUUUCCUACCUCUUGAUCCUGUGGUGCAUGGGUGCUGUGGCGAAGAUUUGCGACCA